CAAACUACUACUGGUAAAAUGGUUGGACGGUCCGGAUGUCUAUACUUGACAUUUACCACCCUUCAUAUUCCCUUGUUAUAGACUAUCUGCUUAUACAUUCUUACAUGCCCUCUUUGGGCAGGGUGCCAAAGGCCUGCGCUGGCGCAAGGUCGGAUUAAUAUAACCUAUUUAUAACCAUUACCUAGGAUAUUUUGAAAACCUUUCAAGUUAUUCACAAUGAGAUAUGCAGAUUUAUAUCUGUUGUCUCUAUUAGCAUUGCAGUUACGUCUGUGUUUCACUUCAACAUGUCCCCUGGUACUGAAGACAAAUGCUCAGGUGGAGCGAAGGCUCUUGAAUGAAGGUUUUCACAGAGAUCUAGAAACUACUGUGUUUUUGUCAUCCCCAGAAAAUUUACAGAGUUGCAUUGCACUUGUAAAGGAUAUUUAUCCUCCAGGAUCUUAUGUGGAUCCCAAUCAACUACGAUUUCUCAAGCCUUUUGGAGGUCCAGAUUUUUAUAUUCCUCAGAUGAUAAAUGUUGAAACACCUGAACAUUUUUCUCCAAGAAUCAUGGCUUAUUACUUUGUUCGCCCACAUCCCAUGGAUGAUGGACGAUGGCUAAUCAACAUGACCAUUCCAGUUCACUUUCGAUAUCACAGAGCAAGAAGUGGGACAUCUCAUCCUCUAGAAGUAGGUGUAAGAUUGCCACAUCCACUAAUAAUGUUGCAGUGUGAAGAUGUUGGAGGAGAUGCAUGUAGAGCACUAGCCCAAUUAGAGCCAUGUCCACCUAGUGGGAGAGAUCAAUGUGAAUGGCUCCCUGUGCAUACAUUUAGUACAUCUGAAGCUGUUAUGGGCAUCAUACCAGUGGGAAACACUGAUCUUCUUGACACAGUUCUUGUUACAACAACUUGUGUCACUGCAGGUGCAACUCUGCUGAUUUUAGCCUCACUCAAGAAGAAAACCUGAAAGUUUUGUAGUCUGGCCAGUAAGUGUCAAUUUUUAAGCCCAUAUAGGUGCCAUGAGAAAAAAAAAUUUGUAUAGUUUAUCUGUGUUACAUUUACUGAGCUGUUGAAGAAAUAGGCUUCCAGUUAGUCACAUAGCAGUUACCAUCUAGUUGUUACCAAAGAUUAAUAUUUAAAGAUACUUUAA